UGGAGCUGCUGGUCACAGUGAAAACUGCCCGGCUUCAGGAUGGCAUGGGUCAGUCUGCAAAUGAUCUCCUUCGGCUUGCUGCUGAUCUUCAGUGACCAGCCUUCUUCCUCUGCUGCUGCUGCUGCUGCGAGGUCCGGGUGCAUCAGCGAGGACAAGUUGAAUAAUCGUACUGACAAGUUUCGGAGGAAACACUGGGACAAUCUGCCUAUUUCUAAAAACCUGGUUUUGGAGCCGGGCGCGCUGGACUGCGCGCAGUUUGCCAAACAAACACACCGCGGCGAUAUGAAUAAACGCUCCCUGUCUCCGUGGACGUACAGCCUAGACCAAGACCUGGACAGGAUCCCACAUGAGAUCGUCGUUGCAAAGUGCCUUUGCCGAGGCUGCAUCAUCAACCAUCGUGAAGAUAAUGACUACAACUCUGUGCCUGUGUAUGCUUUGGUGAAGGUCCUGAAGAAGAUUCAGUGCUCAGGUGAACCAAAAAAAUAUGCGGUGAAACAUUAUUAUAUGAAAAUCGCUGUGGCCUGCAUCUGUGUUGUGCCCAAGUACCAUAAAUGA